AUGAGUGAGUUCUGCAACGCAAUCGGUGAGCGCCCUUCUGCCAUUGAGUAUGGCUGGCUUGCGACAGCUAAUAAGGCAGAAAUUAUCGUUUCAGUCCUCCUUGCCUUUCUUGACAAUCUGGUCCUAGGUAUGACUCGAAAGAAUACAAAUGCCCCUACUGCUAAACCAGCCCGCAACAGCUCGAUAGUAGCAGUUGCUUACAAAGAUAUGGGGGAUAGCGGAUCAUUAUCUGCAUGACUGCACCAUGGCUGCCUAGACCCGCAUCUGUCCACCACCUAAUUUGAUUUACAAGAAGAAGCCCUGCCACAGGGCGGAAGUUAUAUUUCCAAUAUUUAUACAGUAGAUGAAACUGUCUGAAAAUUCUGCAGUCUAGUGAGAGUUCUCUUAAAUCCCCAAGCAACCCAAACUCGUGCUCACGCGCGCUGUCCUACAGUGGCUCGGCUUAGGUGUGGAAUUAAUAAUUUCUCGUGACUGGCGGAGAUCGGUAAACUGCUCACUUAAACCCAAAACUCCGUAAAACAUCUCCAGACGUCUCGCAAUGGAUUUGCGCUGAAAUACACAAGCCUUUAAGGGAGUCAGUGACACUGAUCCUUUGUGUUUCAUGCGUGUGAGUGCUUUCUACAUGGGAUUUUAGCUAAAAAGCUGACUGGUAGACCAGUUUUGGAAGCAUCAAUAUACCUACAGUAGGUGUACUAACUCAUUAAAUGUUAGCAGAAAUUCUGAAAUGCAUUUUCGAUUUGAAAAGAUUACUUAAGUAGGGUUGUACAACUAAUCAUCGUAUAGCAUAACUCUAUAAUAAUAUAUUUACCUCAAGGUACUGGCUUUCGAACGAAAUUCUUUUCGUCCACAUUUAAAAACCACACUUGAAGUAGCCUGAAUAUUUCUCAUUGAUUUUCGAUGCCCUUCAAAAUUCAAUUAUAUUUCAUGGAAAACAUACAUAAAAAAAUUCGGUAAUGAUCGGGAGAAGGCACCCAAAUAAUCCGUUACCUAGAAAUACUGCCUUUAACAGUGGACUCAAACGCCUUCUGGAUAUAUCAGCGGUUGCAAGCCUACUUUCACGCACUACUUGGACUUUCCGCGACGGCUUAACAUGAGCUGACCGAACGAACAUAGCAGGAGGUUACAUGGACGAUGGUCGCUCUUACCCAAACAUCCCCAUCGUUACACAUGUACACCUGAAUGUACGGCAUACAUUCGAAUUAAGGCAGUUUAUUACAAAACAAAAGCACUUUUAAAUAGAAUAAGUUUGCACAACAUGGGACAGGAACAGUUCCCAAGCAUCUGUCAAAGACAUGGCAUUGAGUCCAAGCCAAAGACGAUACUGUACUUCGUCUAUGUGAGCCCACACAGCUGGACCACAUUCAGGGCCUCCUUCGUGGAGUUUCCUUUUCAGUCUACUCCAGCAUGCCUCAAUGGGAUUGGUGUGCCGUACGUUGAUAGGGUCCUUGAAGUUCUUUGAGUGAUUAACAGAGAAAUGUAGAUAACCUUCUGAGGGAAGACGAUUAUACGCCUUCCACUCGUCCUUUACCAAUAUACUGCCUUUGGCGACCCAUUUUGUAAUAACGGAACGGAUAGUGGGCUAACUUCGAUCAUUCACGUGUUCAAAUAGUGCAUUCCUUCGACUAGUAUCGUACAUCCCGAUCGGCCACUACCCAUAAAACCCCUAUUACUACCUGUCCUGUAAGACAGGCUGUUUUGGUUAGGCGGAUUUUUUUGGGUGCCAUCGCCCGAUUGUUACCAAAAAUUCAUUCCUUUACUCAUUUGGCAAAGGAUUACGCCUUAUUUCAGUUUCAUAAUCGAGGAAAGGUUAUAAUUCGGUUUUUAGAAAGUUUCUUGUCAUGAGAGUUUUUAAUACCGUAAAAUGUCCGCUCAUAAAACAUCGUUUCUUUGCAUUUGCUAAUGUGGCUUAUAAAAUUUACAAUAUGCCUUAAAUGCACUGCUUAAUUUUAUGAAUCCCGCAUGAUCUCAUCUAAAUACUGUAGAGAAAUGUAUGGUUUUCCGUACGCGGAAAAUAAAAAGCUCGUAGAUUGGAUACCCUGAAUGCAAGUUAAACUGUAGGUCAGAUUUAAAAUUAUUCUGGAAUUGGAAAAGCUUUUGAAGACCGAAUUAUACCCUUCCUUCGAUUAUAAAAUUGAAAGAAGACGUAAUCCUUUGCCAAAUGAGUAAAAGAAUGAGUGCUUUUAAACAUGUUUUCCAUGAAAUUUAAUCGCAUUUUAAAGGGCACAGAAAAUCAAUGAGAAAAAUGUAGGCUACUCCAAAUAGCCUUUUUUACAGAGUGUGGUUUCUACAUGCGGUCGGAAGGAAUUUCGACUAGAUCGCAGUUGGUAGCCAGGCCCCGUAUUGCAGAUGGCUGAGGGGUUUGAUUACUGGGGCUAUUUUGCGGGGCUCCAUAAUCACAUCUGACCUAUUAUUCUUCCGUUUUACGUUUGAGGUUAGGAUUGGGGUACCGGUUAAUGGUUUCCGAUUUUCGGUUUAGGAUUAUGCCCUUCGGCUUAUGUUUUCGGAUUACGUUUGAAAGCCGGCAUCCUGAAGUAACUGAAUUAUUAUAGAUUUGUGCUGCAUGAUCAUUACUUCUACAACCCUACUUAGGUUUUCUUUUCGAAACGAAAACGCAUUUCAGAAUUUCGGUUAAUAGUGGUUAGAGGCGUUGGACUUCUUACUAACAGGCCACGCGUUCGAGCCCCACGUUUUCCACACUUCGGGACUGACGACGGUUAAUAAGCCAGAAAUGGCCAUUCAGUCUUCCUUGUCUUUGUCGGCAAUAUCAUUCUGGUUAACAUUGCGUGAGUUAGCACAACUACUGUACGUCGACCUCGCCUCAGCUGCUCGUAUUGCGUGCGCGUAGGCAAAUCCAUUCACCGCGUGGGUCUUUUCGCCAUAUGCACCUGCAUGAUGGUCUGCUGUGAAACAGCGCUCACCAAAAACUCAUGGAGAUCCUUCUUAAUGUCGCCUCCAUGGCAACCGCAUUCAACUGGGAUCCGAGUCGCCCCUUGCUUCUAUGAAAACCUGGCUCAUCGUGCGCAGCGAAGGCGCUCAUGGGAUGUCAGCCACCGGAUCUGUACCCGCCACCGGUCUUCACGCCGGGCUCAUGGUAGAUGGUACGGUAGAUGGUGUUCAAGCCAAUUCUCACUGGAUAUUCACUCAUGCGCACUUCACUGACUCUGCGCUCAUCAUGCCGUGGGACACACGAUAGUCGCUCACAAUAGAAGCAAAGAGACGAGUCCCAGACAGCAGUCUGGAAGAAGGAGACACGAUCGCUGGGACAAGAGCUUUAUUAGCCUGACUCAUAUCUUCUUGCGUCUCUGAUGAUGGGUUCGAGCAGGAAUCCGAGACGUCAGGCUAAUAAGGCUCUUGUCCCAGCGAUCGUUCCUCCUUCUUCCAUAGUCGUUCACGUCUAUAUAACUGUCAACCGCUACCUGCACAUCCAUGUUUCCGUUUUGAACGAGCACGCAUUCUAUAUAACUUGACUGAACCGAAAAGUUUUUAAACUGGCAGAAUAGUAUUACCGACAAAGACAAGGGAGACUGGAAUGGCCAUUUCUGGCUUAUUAGCCGUCGUCAGUCAGCCAUACCCAAGCCCGAAGUGUGGAACACCCGAGCCUCGAACUCGCGACCUGUUGGUUUAGAAGUCAACGCUUCUACUCACCGGGCCACGAGCCCGUUGCCUUGUCGGUUUUCGAUCGGGAAUAUACAAUGUUAGGGGGCGCUCACCGAUCGUUCAUACGGAGCUCACUCGUUCCGUUGUGCCUUAUGGACUCUCUCUCGAGCCCAAUCAGCAGCCGCACAGCGGCGCAUGAAUGGCAGCCAUAUAGGGUGACAGUAGGCAUUUUAUGUCAACGCAUUCUAUUAUGUGAGCUCAAAUUGGUAAUUUAAAAUUUUGGUUCCUCCGUCGAUCUCAAGGGUCCCACUAUAUCUUUGAAAAACCGUAGUCUGUUAAAAGUGUUUUACCCUUUCUUUGUGUUGAGUCUAAGGGACAAAGUUUCGCCUGGAUACGAGUAGAAAGUUCUGAAAACUAUGAAUGUAUCUCUUUUUCACAAAAUCUUUUUGCCAAGCCUCAAAAAAUGCACAGCUCUUGAACCUUGACACCUGAAACUCUCCCCAUAGGACGAUAAAGUGGUUCGCGUGAUAUUUACAGUUUAUAGUUCUAGGCAGCUGUGGACUUUACCCAGGUGAGGAGAGGCAUAUAAGAGGGUGGGGACGCAGUCGACCUUUGUCGUCCACAAAUUGUAGGUUGGAUCAUGCUUGCCACACUACCGAAACCCUUACUAGUGGUCGCCGUGGUUGUGUUUGCGACGCAAGCGUUGGUUGUCCCCAAACCAGGGGCUCAGGCUCCCCAGGAACACGCCGCAACUGCGAACCAGGCGCAGCUAAAAGUAACGCCUCAAACACAGGCAUCUGAGGUGCUGCUUCUGCUGCGAAGAUUACGUCCCAGCAUACUGCGGGAACUCUCAAACUUGACGCAAGGAGACGACCCAGUGGAUCGCGAGGCUGCUGUUGCAGCCUACAUUCGAGAAGCUGAGAAUAGAAUGGCCAUUGCAGAUGUACUUAAAGCCUGCAUAAAGUUGCGGGCAGCUCUCUUGACGGGAAGUACCCACGGCAGAGAAUUGAGUAAACUGCUAACAAAACUACAAAAACGUCUGACGAGUCUGCGUGAGAGGUUGAUUGAGGCGGCAGCUAGGAGUCAGGUCCCAGAGGGACUGAACCAGCUCCUCAGGGAUCUGGGACUGUCGGCCGUUGAGAGGGAAGAAGUCAUUGAGACCUUGAGCGAUGUAAUCGCCGAACAAGCACAACCGUCCCGCCGGAGGUUUGAUGAUCACAAGCAGGAAAUCAUUAGUUUCCCCAUUAAUAUCUAG